AUGCUAGCUAUAGUCGUCAUCCCCGCUCUUCUCAUAUUAUGGAUCAUUACAUCCAUUCGUCGCCAUAACAAGUCCGGCUUAAAAGACAUUCCCAAUGCUCAUUUCUCCGUCCCCUAUUCACGCCUGUGGCUGCUGUCGAUCCGAUGGCGAAAGAAGGAGAAUCGUAGCCGAAUCUACCUCCAUCGUCGCCUCGGUCCCGUCGUUCGGCUUGCACCCCGUGAAUUGAGUGUGAAUUGCGUCGAGGACGGGAUUCGCACCAUCUACAGCGCCAAGUUCGACAAAGAUGCGGACUUCUACCAUGCAUUAGUUGACCAGACCGGUUUCAUGGUCACGAUGAUCGGUAACGACGAGCACCGGAGGCGUCGACGGAUGCUUGCCCACCCCUAUUCCAAUUCGUACAUUACCAACUCUGGAACCAUCGACAAUAUCCUCUCUCGGGUGAAGCAUCGCCUCCAAGAAGGAAUGGCACAGUGGGCCAGCACUGGUGCCUCCGUCGACGUCUACAUGCAGGCAAAGUGCAGCAUGCUCGACGUUGUCACCGGCUUCCUCUUUGGUAGCGAGAACGCAACUGACACUCUCCUCGACCCGAGCUUUGAGAACGACCUCACCACGCUGACCCAAGCGACGACUAAAAACCUGCACGUGCGAACCAGCCUCGAGUGGCCGAUGUCCUAUUUCGCCAGCUGGAUUGGCGGCAACGUGCGGCCCGAUCCGGUGGCCAGGAGCCGAUGGGAAGAGUGGCUCACGCAAGUGAUCACCAACUCCUACCGGAGCCACCCCACCAAGCCGUCUUCCACCGCGAGCCUGUACGACCACUUUUACGAUAAUUUCAAGGCCGCCGAUCCCGAGAUGUCUCUGAACGAUAUGGCAUCUUUCAUCGCGGUAGAGUGCGACGACCAUCUUUCCGCGAGCCACAUUGGCCUGGGAAUCCUCUUGUCAUAUACCAUGUACGAGCUCUCACGCGCUCCUCACUGGCAGCACGCGCUCCGGAAAGAGCUCGGCACUCUGAACGAACCGAGCGAGUUAAGCUUGGCCCAUCGCCUUCCAAAUUUACGGGUGCUGGACGCCGUCGUGACCGAGACCAUGCGCACCCGUGCCCCCUGUCCGGGCCCCUUUCCUCGGCUCGUGCCGGAGUCAGGUUGCCGGCUCGUGGGGAAGUUCGACGUCCCCGGCGGCACCGUCGUCAGCUCCUCCGCCUGGGCCCUCCACUUUAAUCCUGACCCCUUCCCGGUUCCAGAUGAAUGGCGACCGCAACGGUGGUUGGAAGCAGACGAGAAGACGGAAGUGGAGAUGCGGAAGUGGAUUUGGACGUUUGGGAGCGGCGCGCGGGUGUGCAUUGGGACUCAUUUCUCCGCGCGUGUGAUGAAAGAGCUUCUGAUUACCAUUUACUCAAAUUAUGAGACUUUGCUGGAUGAGGAAUUUACAGAAAGUGUGGAACAGGAGGAUGUCUUCUCGUCGUCGCCUCUUGCAGGUCGUAUUCAGCUCAAAUUUCGUCGUCUCACACAACCCGAUACCAUGGUAGUAGCAUAGGUAGCAUAGCAGUCACCAUGAUGUAGUUUGGUAGGUAAGAUCUUACGUAGGUAGUUAGCGCCUACUAUCAUAGCGACGCUCUUGCCAUAGAAGAAUGAAUCAUCC